UUGCAGGUUGACCCACUUGGCUGCACUGACAUUGACGACGCACUCCAUUGUCGCCCACUUGACAAUGGUUUGUUAGAGGUGGGCGUCCACAUAGCAGACGUGACACAUUUUGUUAGGGCUGGUACUGCCAUUGAUGAUGAAGCAGCAAGCCGAGCAACAACUGUCUAUCUCUGUGAUCGACGAAUUGAUAUGCUUCCCGAGCGUCUGAGCAGUAAUUUAUGUUCUCUGAGAGGUGGAGAAGAAAGAUAUGCGUUCUCCGUUAUUUGGACAAUGACCAGUGAAGCAGAAGUCUUGGACACCAAGUACCACAAGUCCCUGAUAUGCUCCAGGGCAGCACUCACUUAUGAAAAAGCGCAAGAGUUCAUUGAUGACCCUAAUCUGAACGAUGACGUCACACUCGGUCUACGAGGUCUGAUGAGACUGUCCAAGAUUUUGAACAAGAGGAGAACAGCCAACGGUGCGCUGACACUCGCAUCGUCCGAGGUACGAUUCGACAUGGAUUGGGAGACGCGUACACCGAAAGCAGUUCAAGAAAAGAAACAUCUCGAUACGCACUCCAUGGUGGAAGAGUUCAUGCUGCUCGCGAAUAUAUCGGUCGCCGAAAAGGUAUUGUCCUUAUCCACA